GCUCUAUCUGUGUUGGGCAACUUUCUCCGCGCGCGCCUCGCAUCUCUCCGCGCGGCUCCUCGGCGGACACACGCCGCCCCCCGAAGACAGGAAAGGACAAUACUUGGCUAAAUAUACAUUCAGUGUGUGUGUGUGUGUGUGUGUGUGUGUGUGUGUGUGCGUGCGCACGGUCGAGCCCCACCGAGCCCCGCCGCCGUCGUCCCGAUGCCCAGCGCCUGCGCUCGUCCUCGGCAGCUGACGUCACUCCCAGCAUGGCGGUCAAGGUGCAAGCGACGAAAAGAGGCGACCCCCAUGAUUUGAAGACUAUAUUUCUGAAGUAUGCCAGUGCAGUGGAGGAUGGGGAGCAUUACAUGACCCCCAGAGACUUUGUACAGAGAUAUCUGGGUCUUCAUACACAGCCUCAACACAACCCCAAAACUGUGGAGCUGAUAGCUGGAGUGGCCGACACCACUAAAGACGGACUGAUCUCUUUCCAGGAGUUUCUGGCCUUUGAAUCAGUUCUAUGUGCCCCGGACGCCCUGUUCAUAGUUGCCUUUCAGUUGUUUGACAAGACCGGAACAGGGAAUAUCUCAUUUGAGAAUGUGCGUGACAUCUUCAGCCAGACCACAGUUCAUCACCACAUUCCCUUCAGCUGGGACUGUGAGUUCAUCAGGCUACACUUCGGCCAUGAGAGAAGCAAGCUCCUCAGCUACACAGAGUUCACCCAGUUUCUGCAGGAGUUGCAGCUGGAGCACGCCCGCCAGGCUUUUGCACAGAAAGACAAGAAUAAAAGUGGCACCAUCACCGCCUUGGACUUCAGCGACAUCAUGGCCACCAUCAGGCACCACAUGCUGACUCCGUUUGUAGAGGAGAACCUGGUCUCAGCUGCAGGAGGCAGCACCUCCCACAUGGUGAGCUUCUCCUACUUCAACGCCUUCAGCGCCCUGCUCAACAACAUGGAGCUGGUCCGCAAGAUUUACAGCACCCUGGCCAGCACACAGAGAGACGUGCUCGUUACCAAAGAGGAGUUUGUUCAUGCUGCCAUUAAGUUUGGACAAAUCACUCCAAUGGAGAUUGACAUCCUGUACCAGCUGUCUGGACUCCACUCUCACUCUGGGCGGCUGAACCAUGCAGACAUAGAGAGGAUAGCCCCGCUGGAGGAAGGAGCCAUGCCAUACCACCUAGCAGAGGCCCAGAGACAGCACACUCACGAAACGUCUCGGCCCAUCUGGCUCCAGGCUGCAGAGUCCGCCUACAGGUUUGCUCUGGGCUCACUCGCUGGAGCCACCGGUGCCACAGCGGUGUACCCCAUCGACCUGGUGAAGACGCGCAUGCAGAACCAGCGCUCCACGGGCUCCUUCGUAGGAGAGCUGAUGUACAAGAACAGCUUCGACUGUGCGAAGAAAGUGCUGCGUUACGAGGGCGUCUUUGGAUUCUACAGAGGUCUCGUCCCACAGCUCAUUGGCGUUGCCCCGGAGAAAGCUAUCAAACUCACGAUGAAUGAUUUUGUCAGGGACAAGUUCACCACACAAGAUGGUACCAUCCCUCUGCCUGCAGAGAUUCUCGCUGGUGGAUGUGCUGGAGGUUCCCAGGUGAUUUUCACCAAUCCUCUGGAGAUUGUUAAGAUCCGUCUGCAGGUGGCUGGGGAGAUCACCACAGGGCCCAGGGUCAGUGCCCUGAAUGUUGUGAGAGACCUGGGCUUCUUUGGCCUCUACAAGGGAGCCAAAGCUUGCUUCCUGCGAGACAUCCCCUUCUCUGCCAUCUACUUCCCAGUUUACGCCCACAUCAAGCAGAAGCUGACAGACGAGGAGGGGAGGCUGGGGGCUCUGCAGUUGCUCACCGCUGGAGCUAUUGCAGGUAUACCGGCUGCUUCGCUGGUGACCCCUGCUGAUGUCAUCAAGACCCGGCUGCAGGUGGCGGCCCGAGCGGGCCAGACGUCAUACAGCGGAGUCAUCGACUGCUUCAGGAAGAUCCUCCAGGAAGAAGGUUUCAGGGCGUUUUGGAAGGGCGCAGGAGCUCGGGUCUUCAGAUCCUCGCCGCAGUUCGGUGUGACCCUGGUGACCUACGAGCUGUUGCAGAGAUGGUUCUACGUGGACUUCGGAGGACAUCGCCCCACUGGCUCCGAGCCCACUCCCAAACCGCCGACGGAGGACCUCCCCUCUGUGACGGCGGACCACGUGGGCGGCUACCGUCUGGCUGCUGCAACCUUUGCCGGUGUGGAGAGAAAGUUUGGACUUCACCUGCCCAAGUUCAAGCCUUCUGGGGUGGUGACAGUCCAACCAGCGGAGUCCAAAACCGAGCCACAGGCCUCAUAAACCGUCCGUCACUCAUCAUGGCUGCGAGCGCUGCAUGCUCCUCCAGUCAUCAGGCUUUCACCACAAGGGUCUUUAUUGAACCACGUGUUCAACUCAACGCACUUGAGCGGUUGUCUUGCUUUGAACCCUGCAUGACGAGUAUGGCUUUACUGCUUUGUCUUUGCACAGCUCGCAAAUUUUAUUGUACAUAUUGUACUUCUCUCCAGAGGGACAUUAUGGCAUUACGAAAGAUUUGUUACGUUGCGUUUUAAGUUUAGUUUUUUUUCCUGGCGUGCAACAGCUUUGGUGUGCAUGCUACAGUUGUAUUUCAGGGACACGAGGAUGUACAGAUGUUUUCAAGCUUUUAUUUGGAAAUCAUGACCAGGGACUUGGGGAAAUAAUUUAAAUGUAUUUAUUGUAUUUUAUUGAAAUAAAUCAUUGAAACUG